AUGAACAACAAUCUUACAAGAGAGAAACGUGACUAUGAUGGUGUGUUCCUGCAACAGCAACCAAUUAAGAAUAGAGAAUGUCUUCAACAAUUUGUACAAAAACGUAUAAAACUUAACGAAGAUGAAUACGUUGAUAACUCUGGCGAAAAUUUUCAUUUAAAUUUGCAUAAAAAUAUGCGUUCCCGAUUUGUGGCAUCAUAUUCCACAUGUCGCAAAACAUCACCAUCACAUUUUAAGUGUCAGUCCCGUAGGAAUUUAUGCACAUCUUUAAGAAUUUUACAAAGUAAAGAUAAAGUUCCACAAUAUCCUUCAGAAUCUCUAACUCAAAUUAUGACCAAUAAUGUUAAUGAAAUUUCAAGAAGUAUUAACAAGGUUCCUGAAAUCAUGCAUGAUCGUUUGUGUAUGGUAAAUAAUCAAAAUCGAGUUCCUACGACCAACAUUAAUAUUUCUAACAAUACUAGAAUUCCUGUUAAUGCGACCAGUAUCAAUCGCAAUCUCUCAAUUGUAACCAAUCACUUUGAAGCUCUAGAAAAUGAUGAACAAGAAUUUCUUAAUAAUAAUACAUCUGUGACCGAACACCUUGAUGCUCCAGAAAAAGAUAAUCAAGAAUUUUCUAAUCUUAAUAUAAUUCCGUCAUUAAUAAGUGAAAGAUAUAGAAAGGCUGUCUUUGUUGAAAACUUAGUUGGUGAGUGA